AUGCUCAGUCGGCACAUUUUUCAGUGUUCUAGGCUCGGCUUUGCUCCUUCAACGAGUCAAGCCGUUUUUCAUACUUCCACAGUGAAUUCUGUGCUUCCUAGGGCAAAACCGCUAGACGAGGAAAUGCCGGCGCCCGCUGCUUUGAAGACUUUGGAAUCCAAAAAAUCUCGCCCGGAUUUUCAAAUUUUGGAUUUAUCAUCUGGAAAACGACAUAAGAAGGAUAUUGAUAUCAUCGUCACCGAUCAGUACCUCCAACAAUGGUAUAAAAUGGAGACGAAAAGUCUAGCAGCCGAUUAUUUAGCGCUUUGCAAGUCGAAAUUAAGCUUAUUUGUUGCUUCAACAGCGACCUGCGGCUUCCUGAUGGCUCCAGUACCCGUGGCAGCGGCUCCACUAGCUGCAGCGACGAUUGGCACAUUUCUCCUCUCAUCGGCUGCCAACUCGUGUAAUCAGCUUCUGGAGGCACCGUACGACGCCCAGAUGAGAAGAACGCAGAGUAGAGUGCUUGUCGUGCAUCGAUUCUCCCCUCUGCACGCCUUCACAUUUGCUGGUGUCACUGGAAUGGCUGGAAUCGGACUUUUGGCGUAUUAUGCGAAUCCGUUGGCUGCGGCUCUUGGAGCAUUGAAUUGGUUUAUUUAUGCAGGCGUCUACACCCCGAUGAAACGUUCUCACAUCGGAUGCACAUGGGCUGGAGCCGUCGUCGGAGCGAUUCCACCUCUAAUGGGAUACGCAGCAGCCACAGGACAUCUGGACCCGGCUGCCUGGUGUUUGGCGACGAUUUUAUUCUCAUGGCAAUUCCCGCAUUUCAAUGGGUUGAGCUGGAAUUUGAGAGGCGAUUAUAGUAAGGCCGGCUACCGAGUAAUGUGUGUGACGAACGAACGUCUCUGCCGUGUGACAUCCAUCCGUCACAGCGUCGCUCUCCUGGGUCUCUGCUCCAUCGCCGCGCCGCACACCGAUCUGACCACUCUCACCUUUGCCAUAGAUUCCCUUCCCGUCAACGCCUACCUGGUCUACCUGUCAUACAAAUUCUAUAAAGCACCGGACGCCAAAAACAGUCGAAAACUGUUCUUCUACUCGUUAUUACACCUUCCAUUGAUCAUGUUACUGAUGGGAAUCAGUAAUUAUGGACGGAAUGAGCAACAGAAGGAGCCCGUGAUGGAGAGGAUAACGAAUGGCUACAACAAGAUGAUUGAUUCGGUGAAGAGCCUGACGACGUCUUCAACAGCUUAA